AUGGAGAAUAUGUUUAUGAAGAGAAAGGCAGCCAGAGGAUGGGUUUCUAGGCUAGGAAAGGAGCUCGUAAGUUUAUUAGGAAGGCCUGUCCUUAGUGCAGUUGAAUUGAAGGCUGUUCAAGAAAAUGUUGAUAUUCUUUUGUCCAAGUUAGAUGAAGUACAGUCAGAAAUAGAAGUUGAGUUAGAGAGUGACUUGUUUGAUGAUGACUUGGCCAAGGCCUUUGAGUUUAGAAUGACGUCUCUUAUACCUAGGAUUAAGGCUGAGUUAGACAAAAAAGGUGACAAUGAUAGUAGUACUAAUGGAUCUUCAGGUGCACAAGUGAAGCUGCCUAAGCUAGAACUGCCGGAAUUUAAAGAAGUGACAGAAUGGCAGUCCUUUUGGGACCAGUUCAGUUGUCAUGUAGACAAUUCAGAUAUACCAGUAAUAAGUAAGUUUAGUUAUUUGGCGUCAUUGUUGGAAGGAGAAGCCAAAUCAGUUAUCUCAGGUCUAUCUCACACAAGUGUAAAUUAUAAGAUUGCAUGUGAUCUACUUAAGGAGAGAUUUUGA